CCUGCCUGUGCGAAAUUCUGGAAGGCUUGUAGGAGGUCCUGGUACGCUCGUACUUUUCAAGUCUGAACUGAAGUGCCUACAUACCAAUCUCAACAAAUACCACAUGCACAGUACGAGCUCACCUAUCCUGUAUAAAACGGCGGGCUUUCUCCUACAACCCAACUUCCCAAGUCACAACAGCAAUCGUGGCUUUCUUUGCCGGAACGAAAACCAUUGCAUUUGGACGUAGCACAAGUCGAUUUGUCGUGCACAUUCGAGCCAUGGCGUCUGUUGCAAAGUAUGAUCUCCUAGUGCUGGGUGCUGGGUCCGGAGGACUGGGAAUGGGCCGGCGGGCUGCUCGUCUUGGCCAGAAGGUUGCUCUGUUCGAAGGAUCACCAGUCCUCGGAGGAACUUGUGUUAACGUUGGAUGCGUACCGAAAAAGGUUAUGUUCAACGCUGCCAAGCAUGCCGAAUUCCUCCAUGACCAUGCCGGAUAUGGCUUCACAGUGGGAGAACACUCCUUCAGCUGGAACACUCUGAAGACAAAGCGUGAUGCCUACAUCAAGCGUCUCAACGGUAUCUAUGAGACGAACGUUGUCAAGGACAAGGUUGACACGUUCAUGGCCAAGGCACAGUUCGUCAGUGGUCACAGCGAGCCGACUGUCGAGGCUGAUGGCAAGCUGUACACGGCACCGCACAUCUGUAUCGCCACCGGUGGCCGCCCGAUGGUGCCAGAUAUUCCUGGUGCCGAGCAUGGCAUCACCAGCGAUGGUUUCUUUGAACUUGAGACACAGCCAAAGAAAGUGGCCGUUGUUGGUGCUGGCUACAUUGCAGUGGAGUUGGCUGGUAUCUUUGGUGCACUGGGAUCUGAAGUUGACCUUUUCAUCCGCAAGGAAAAGGUGCUACGUGUCUUCGAUGAUAUGCUGAGCGAGGCUCUGAUGACCGAGCUGCCACGUGGUGGUGUGGCCGUGCAUCCCCACACACAGUUGCAAAGUGUUACCAAGGAAGCUGAUGGCACCUUGACCAUCAAGCGUAUAUCCGAUGGCAAGGAGGUGUCUGGUUCAGGCUAUGACUGCUUGCUGUGGGCUAUUGGACGUGUGCCGAACAUUGAGAUUGGACUUGACCAUGUCGGAGUUGAACUGGAGCGUGGACACAUCAAAGUUGACGAAUUCCAAAACACCUCAGCCAAGGGUGUCUACGCCAUUGGAGAUGUGCAGGGCAAGGCUUUGCUAACCCCAGUUGCUAUUGCCGCCGGCCGUCGCCUGGCUCAUCGUCUGUUCGAUAACCAGCCCACUCUCAAGUUGGACUACAACAACAUUGCCACUGUGAUUUUCAGUCACCCGACCAUCGGUACUGUUGGUCCUUCGGAGGCCGAGGCUAUCAAGGAGCACGGCGCUGACAAGAUCAAGUCGUACACGACUCGCUCAGUGAACAUGUACCAUGCACUCAAGGACCCCAAAGACAAGAUUCCCACCAUUGCCAAGAUGAUCACACUCCUGCCAGAGGAACGGAUUCUUGGUUUGCACAUUAUCGGUGAUGGAGCGGACGAGAUGAUCCAAGGUUUCGCCGUGGCAAUCAAGAUGGGAGCCACGCACAAGGAUUUCAAUGAUACUAUUGCCAUCCACCCCACUGGCUCCGAGGAAAUUGUCUUGAUGUGAACAAACAAGGAAAUGGCUAGCCGCUGAAGCAGAACAAUAGGCCUUUUUCACUCCACCUUUCCACACAGCGAGUUUUAAAUUACAGUUCUCCUACCUGUCGCAUCUUGGGCAUGCUGAUUCUUCUCUAAACUGUGCUUGACUAAAGCCGUUGUUUCUUUACGGUUUUCACUAGAAACGUACGAAUCAUGCAGUCAUACUUCCAUUUUACCAUAGAUUUUACACCAGCUAACCCGGAAUUAAGUGAAGACAUCACAGCUGGUUGGUUAUAGAUUCGUCGAGCUUUUUGAAUCUGCUCUCACUUUUAGAUAUAAUCAUUUCAUGAAAAAAUCAUAAAAUAUAGUUUUUUCUUUAGGGUUCUUCCUUCUAAGUGUUCUCUGAUGGUCUGGGCUGUUUCUGCAACCCGUUCUCUCUCA